AUGCCUUCUCUUAUCCGUUCUCUCCUCUUUCGUCUGUUUCUCAUCCCUUGUUUGUUCAUCGCAAACCUUAUAUGCUUCCCUUUUUCUUUGACAAAACUCCUCAGAUUCAUCAGAAUCACAGCUUCUCAUGACGAUGCUGACAACGAGAAACGAGAGGAGGAGCUGCAAACAGGGCUUCAGAGAGAGUUGAUGCCGAGACACGUGGCAGUGAUCAUGGACGGAAACCGGAGAUGGGCCGAACGGGCCGGAAUGAUGACGUCACAAGGCCACAAAGCCGGAGCUAAACGGCUCAAAGAGAUUGCCGAGCUCUGCUUCGGAUUGGGGAUUCAUACUGUCUCAGCUUUUGCUUUCUCCACUGAGAAUUGGGGAAGAAACAAGAUUGAGGUCAAGUGCAUAAUGUCUUUGAUCCAAUAUCAGCUCAAGUCCAAGAUCAACUAUUUACAUAGAGAGGAAAUUCGAGUUUCUGUUAUCGGUGAUCUAACGAAGUUCUCUGAAUCUCUCCUCCGAACAAUCCACGAGUUAGAGGAAGCUACGAAAAUCUACAAGAAUAAGCAUCUCAUCUUGGCAAUAGACUACAGCGGGAGAUUCGACAUGUUGCGUGCAUGCAAGAGCAUUGUGAAGAAAACAGAAAAUGGGUUGAUACGAGAGAAAGAUGUAGACGAGGCAUUGAUAGAGAGAGAGCUUCUGACAAACUGCACCGACUUCCCAAAUCCUGAUCUCUUGAUAAGGACAAGUGGAGAAGAAAGGAUUAGUAACUUCUUCUUGUGGCAACUCGCUUACACCGAGCUCUUCUUCACACCGGUCCUUUGGCCUGAUUUCGACAAGGACAAUCUUCUUGAGGCCCUGGUUUCGUAUCAGCGCAGGGAAAGACGAUUUGGCUGUCGGGUUUGA